AAUUCCUUCCCCUGUAAUCUUUGGUGAGAGUCUAUUGGUUUCAAUUCGCUGGUCCAGCAACAGGUUCAUUUUCCUGCAUACUCUGGGAAGUGCUUAUUGUACCUUUAAAUAUUAAUUAGCAAAGCAUGUCAAAAGCGCCACAGUAAAAAACACUUCUGCUCUUCAAAAGCAACAUAGAGCGUGUGUAUUCAAUUACAUAUUUCAAGUGGCAUCAAAGCGAUUUGUAGAGUCCUCUCUCACGGCAGUUAACAACGGUGCUCAUUUGUUGGCCUCUCUCUCCCUCCAUGGUCUUUGAGUUCCUUCAGUUUGGGAACCAUCUUUCAUUGAUCUUUAUAUCUCCUGCACCUGGCACAAGGCUUGACAACACGUUUUAUUGAACAGCAUGUACAAUAUAAUCUGGGGUGGUGGAGGGAAAUUAUGUGAGUUAUUAAAAUCAGCCAGAGAAGCUUGUCUGAUUAAUUUCCCUUAGGAAAAAAACACUUCUUGCCUCACUGCUGUAGAAUUUAGCUUCUUGAUUUCGAAUUGUACUUUAAGUCUUUGGGGAGCUAGAGCAGAGUAUUGUCACCCUAUGCCGAGUGCCUGAGAAGCGAUCUGGUAUCGAUCAGCGCACGAUCGGUAAUACAGCGAACUGAGCGUAAAUUAGCGUCCAAGGCGGCUCCAGCCCUGGGCACUGAUCAGCCCACGGGCCCCGCCCCUUCAGGCCCCGCCCUCCUCUCCCGGGCCCUCGGCCUGCGAAUCUUCCCCGGGCGGAGACGCUCUGGUCGCGAGCCCCUUCGCGUAGGUGGACCCCAUCUUGUCAGGCUGAGCCUCUGUCCCUGUUUUCCCUCUCCAAACGGGGUCCCGCGUUUCGGCAACCUCUUCCCUCGGAGCCGGGGCCCUCGACCCCUCUCAAGACACCCUUCCACUCCCCGCAGCCAGUCUCCCCCGCCUCCCGCACGCGGGACUUCCGCCGGCGCCCCCUCCUCUCAGGCGGGACUUCCGCCGGCGCCCCCUCCUCCGCGGCGCCGUCCCCUCCCCCGCCUGAGGCGAGCUGGGCUGUGCCUGAGCGCUCGAGGGCCUGGUCGCGGCGCAGCCUCGGGGCAGCGUGGGCCUCAGCGGCGGCGGCCGUUCCGUGCGAGACGCGUUCUCCUUCUCCUGGUCCUUGUCUUCCUCUCGUGCAUCCUCCCGUUCUUCCCUCCUCUCCUCUUCGGCGCCGGGCUCGGCAGCGCUGCGAGCAGCAAGAUGGCGGCGCCCAGGCCGCCUCCCGCCCGGCUGUCGGGUGUCAUGAUGCCAGCGCCCAUCCAGGACCUGGAGGCCCUCCGUGCGCUCACGGCGCUCUUCAAAGAGCAGCGGAAUCGAGAAACAGCACCCAGGACUAUCUUCCAAAGAGUCCUGGAUAUCUUAAAGAAAUCUUCUCAUGCCGUCGAGCUGGCCUGCAGAGAUCCUUCCCAAGUGGAGAAUCUGGCUACCAGUCUGCAGCUAAUCACAGAGUGCUUCAGAUGUCUGCGCAACGCCUGUAUAGAGUGUUCUGUAAACCAGAAUGCAAUCAGGAACUUGGACACCAUUGGCGUUGCUGUUGAUUUGGUUCUUCUGUUCCGUGAGCUGCGAGUGGAACAAGAAUCCCUGCUGACAGCUUUUCGUUGUGGACUGCAGUUUUUAGGCAACAUUGCCUCACGGAAUGAAGAUUCCCAGUCUAUCGUUUGGGUACAUGCUUUUCCGGAACUCUUUUUGUCUUGCCUAAACCAUCCAGACAAGAAAAUUGUUGCCUACUCUUCAAUGAUUUUGUUUACAUCUCUUAAUCAUGAAAGAAUGAAAGAACUGGAAGAAAACCUCAAUAUUGCAAUUGAUGUCAUAGCUGCUCAUCAAAAGCAGCCUGAAUCAGAAUGGCCGUUCUUGAUUAUCACUGACCACUUUCUGAAAAGCCCGGAGUUGGUACGAGCCAUGUAUGCAAAGCUGAGCAAUCAAGAAAGGGUAACGUUGUUAGAUGUUAUCAUAGCCAAGAUAGUGAGUGACGAGCCACUGACCAAGGAUGACAUCCCUGCAUUUCUGCGCCACGCUGAGUUGAUGGCGAGCACUUUUGUGGAUCAGUGCAAGACUGUGCUCAAGCUGACCUCUGAGCAGCACACUGAUGAUGAGGAGGCACUGGCUACCAUUAGGCUUCUGGACGUGCUGUGUGAAAUGACUGCUAAUACUGAGCUGCUCGGCUAUCUGCAGAUUUAUCCUGGCUUGCUGGAAAGAGUGAUUGAUGUUUUACGAUUGAUUCACGUAGCUGGAAAAGACACUACAAACAUCUUCAGCACCAUUGGCUGCGUGAAGGCGGAAGGUGACGUCUCCAAUAUGGCAGAGGGGUUUAAGUCUCAUCUCAUUCGCCUGAUUGGAAAUCUGUGUUACAAGAAUAAAGAGAACCAAGACAAGGUCAGUGAGCUGGAUGGCAUUCCUUUGAUCCUGGACAACUGCAACAUCGAUGACAGUAACCCCUUUCUGACCCAGUGGGUGGUGUACGCCAUCCGAAACCUCACGGAAGACAAUAGCCAAAACCAAGAUUUGAUUGCAAAGAUGGAAGACCAGGGGCUGGCAGACACGUCCCUGCUUAAAAAAAUUGGUUUUGAAGUUGAAAAGCGGGGUGAAAAGCUGAUUCUAAAAUCUACGAGGGACGUGCCCCCACCAUGAACUGCAACCACCUAUCUGAAUUUUUAGAAUCUGUUCCAUGGAUUUUCGUCUUCUGCAAUAUGUGAAAUUACAAGUGUUUGAGGUCUUAUAGGUACAAAUCAGGAAAGUAUGAAUCUCUUAGGCAUUGGAGUUAAGUGGAUAGAAGCUAAAAGUGACAGUGCUGCGUUUGCUUUUGUUUCUUUGCUUUAAAUGUAACUGUCCAGUUUGCCCUUGCUCCUCUGUAUAGAAUGUGCAUUUAAGUAGUAGAUUGUACGCACUGUGACAGCAAAUAAUAAAAACCUUCUCGUUGAGGGCACAUCCCUCAUUUGGCAAAGA